AGCCGCCGCCGCCGCCGCCGCCGCCGCCGCUCCCCGCUUCACCUUGUUUCUCUCAUGAGCAGAGCGAGGGGAGCGAGAGCGGCCGAGGCAGCGGAGGAGCUCUCCUUCCCCGGGGUUUAUGAAUGGCCCUGACAUGGAGGAAAUACCAUUUCAGAAAGUCAAGAAGAGCAAGAAGGCGCGGAGGAAGAAGUGCUGCCGCCGCUACUGCUGCUGUUCCUCCUCUCCCGGGCCGCCGCCGCCGGCGCAGCCGCCGCCACCGGCACCUCCACCGGCCGCCGGCAGUAGCGGCGGCGCCUCCGGAGCGGCGUCGGCGGCGACGGCGGCGGGAGGCGUCGGCGGCGUCGGCGGGGGUCCCCCUCCGCUGCCGCUGCUGGACGCCGUCGCCUGCGAGGACCAGUUCGACUGCAAGGAGCUGGAGUCGCUCUUCCAGAACUACAACCUGAAGCUGGAGCAGACGUCGACGCUCAAGGCGCUGGCCGUGCUCAUCGUGCUGACGGCCAGCCUGGCGCUGGUGGAGCUGCUGUCGGGGCCCAGCGUGACCAUCUCCAAGGGCUCCCACCCGGUGCACUGCAUCAUCUUCCUUUCCCUCUUCAUCGUCACCAACGUCAAGUACCUGCAGGUGACCCAGCUGCAGCAGAUCGUCAAGCUCACCUUGCUCUUCAGCUUCACCUUCGCCUUCCUCUGCUGCCCAUUCUCGCUGGGCGCCUACGGCAUGGAGCCCCCCAGCGCCCCCGAACAGGGCAUGUGGCAGCUCAUGCUGGUCACCUUCGUCUCCUACUCCCUCCUGCCCGUCCGAACCCUCCUGGCCAUCAUCUUCGGCUUGGUGGUGGCCGUCUCCCAUCUCAUUGUGGCCGCCACUUCGGUCAGUGCCAAGAGGCAGAUUCUUUGGAGGACGCUUGUGGCCAAUGCUAUCCUUUUUGUCAGUGUAAAUUUGUAUGGGGUCUUUGUGAGGAUUUUGACAGAGAGGGCGCAGAGGAAGGCAUUUCUUCAGGCCAGGAAUUGCAUUGAGGACAGGCUGAAGCUGGAGGAUGAAAAUGAAAAACAGGAGCGACUGCUGAUGAGCCUUUUGCCCAGGAAUGUUGCCAUGGAAAUGAAGGAAGAUUUCCUGAAGCCACCUGAAAGGAUUUUCCAUAAGAUUUACAUUCAGAGGCACGACAAUGUUAGCAUAUUGUUUGCAGACAUUGUGGGAUUCACCAGCUUGGCAUCGCAAUGUACUGCUCAAGAACUAGUGAAGCUUCUGAAUGAACUCUUUGGAAAGUUUGAUGAAUUAGCUACAGAAAACCAUUGCAGAAGGAUAAAAAUCCUAGGGGACUGUUACUACUGUGUAUCAGGACUGACCCAGCCCAAAACAGAUCAUGCCCACUGCUGCGUCGAAAUGGGAUUGGAUAUGAUUGACACCAUCACGUCGGUAGCUGAAGCCACUGAAGUAGAUCUCAAUAUGAGGGUCGGCCUACACACAGGAAGGGUGCUUUGUGGCGUCCUGGGUCUUCGCAAAUGGCAGUAUGAUGUUUGGUCAAAUGAUGUGACUCUUGCUAAUGUAAUGGAGGCUGGAGGGCUGCCUGGGAAAGUGCAUAUAACAAAGACCACCUUAGAGUGCCUAAAUGGUGACUACGAGGUAGAACCAGGGCAUGGCCAUGAAAGGAACAGUUUCUUGAAGAAGCAUAAUAUUGAAACCUUUUUCAUUGUGCCAUCUCACCGAAGAAAGAUAUUUCCUGGGCUUAUUCUCUCAGACAUAAAGCCUGCCAAAAGAAUGAAGUUCAAGACUGUCUGUUACCUGUUGGUCCAACUCAUGCAUUGUCGCAAAAUGUUCAAAGCCGAGAUCCCUUUCUCCAACGUCAUGACCUGUGAAGAUGAUGACAAGAGAAGGGCAUUAAGGACAGCCUCUGAAAAACUCAGGAAUCGUUCCUCUUUUUCUACAAACGUUGUAUACAACACUCCUGGAACUCGAGUGAACCGAUACAUCAGCCGUUUAAUAGAGGCCCGGCAAACUGAGUCAGAGAUGGCAGACCUAAAUUUUUUUACCCUGAGGUAUAAACAGAUUGAACGUGAGCAAAAGUAUCACCAACUUCAGGAUGAAUAUUUCACCAGUGCUGUAGUCUUGUCACUGAUUCUAGCUGCCUUAUUUGGCCUUGUCUACCUUUUAAUAAUCCCACAGAGUACCGUAGUCCUUGUCCUCUUGGUGUUCUGCAUAUGCUUCCUGGUGGCAUGUAUAAUGUAUCUACAUGUCACUCGAGUACAAUGUUUUCCAGGGUGCCUGACGAUACAAAUUCGUACCAUUUUAUGCGUUUUUAUUGUGAUCUUAAUUUACUCAGUGGCACAAGGCUGUGUGGUUGGUUGUAUGCCUUGGGUCUGGAGUACUAAUUCCAGCAGCUCCAUAGUUAUCAUUUCUCCCGGUGGGACCAAUAAGACAAUGAAUGAACUUCCGUGCGAUGCAGCCCAUUAUGCAUUUCUCUCCUGCGUUGUGGGGACUCUGACCCUGGCAAUAUUUUUACGUGUAUCUUCCUUGCCAAAAAUGAUCCUCCUGCUUUUUGUUACAAUUUUGUACAUAGUCAUUUUGGAACUCAGCGGAUAUCGAAAAGCAGUGGGGGGUGAUUCCUUUUAUAUACGUGGCUAUGAACCCAUAUUAGCCAUCUUGCUGUUUUCCUGUGCUUUGGCCCUUCAUUCCAGGCAGGUGGAUUUGAAGCUACGUCUAGACUACCUCUGGGCUGUGCAGGCAGAAGAAGAGAGAGAUGAUAUGGAGAGAGUGAAACUGGAUAACAAAAGAAUUCUCUUCAAUCUGUUGCCAGCACAUGUUGCUCAGCAUUUUCUCAUGUCUAAUCCAAGGAACAUGGACUUAUAUUACCAGUCGUAUUCACAAGUGGGAGUGAUGUUUGCUUCCAUCCCAAAUUUCAACGAUUUUUACAUUGAACUGGAUGGCAAUAACAUGGGAGUGGAGUGUUUACGCCUAUUAAAUGAAAUUAUUGCAGAUUUCGAUGAGCUUAUGGACAAAGAAUAUUAUAAAGACAUUGAAAAAAUCAAGACAAUUGGCAGCACGUAUAUGGCAGCAGUGGGACUCGUACCAACUACAGGCACCAAGGCAAAGAAAUCAAUUUAUUCCCAUCUCAGUACACUGGCGGAUUUUGCGAUAGAAAUGUUUGAUGUUCUUGAUGAAAUCAACUAUCAGUCUUACAAUGACUUUGUUCUUCGGGUUGGUAUUAACGUAGGCCCAGUAGUAGCAGGUGUCAUUGGUGCCAGAAGACCACAGUAUGACAUCUGGGGUAACACUGUAAAUGUUGCUAGCAGAAUGGAUAGUACUGGAGUGCAAGGUAAAAUUCAGGUUACUGAAGAAGUACAGCGGAUACUGAAGAGGUGCAAUUACGAGUUUAUGUGUCGGGGUAAAGUCAGCGUCAAAGGCAAAGGUGAAAUGUUGACCUAUUUUCUUGAAGGAAAGGCCAAUGGAAAUAAUUCACAAACACGAUCUUUAAACUUAGAGAGGAAAAUGUACCCUUAUGGGCGAGCGAACAUUCAGACCAAGCUGGGCACAAGCUGUCCGACUGUGUCCUCAUCCCCCAGCCUCUCAGCAAAUGCUGGAGCUGGAACGCUUCAAGCGCCAUCAGCCCAUACCAAUCAGACACUCCAUUAUCUUCCUUCUGUGCCAGCCAUAAAAGAGGCGUGAGAGCAAUGAAAAUGUUGGUUGUGCCAUUUGCAGUGGAUUUGGAGAGCAGAGGUCACCUGAAUUUUCACCAGGAAGCUUAACGCUACAGGAUUUGGUAUCAACCAGGAUGUCUACAACCCAACCAAAGAGUACUUGGGAACUGCAUAUACGAACUUGUGGAAUGGAUCAAAUAAGGGCUAGCAAUUCUGUUAGGAGGAAUCUAUUACUGAUUUUCUGAAGAGAAGAAAUAUUUUGUCAGCAAUUUUAAAGGGUUAAUAGGUAACAGAAAAAAAUCAUGCUUGGGAGUCUGAAUAUUUGCAUAUACACACAUACAUACACGUGUGUGUGUGUGUGUGUG